AUGAUUUCGACGAAUGUCGAUGCGGCCUCGACGGCCGAGGGACAGGAGACCCCGCACACGACCCGUAGUCUGGCCAGCGGCGGCUCCAACAAGUUGAAUCUUCGGAUCCUGAAUUUGCCCAACCCGACCAACGACCGUUUGGUGGGCCUCACGCCUCCGAUGUUUAGUCCAGGUGGACGAAAACUUCCUCACAUACACCUUCUGCCUGGCUUGGGAAGUCCGGGCUCGUCAAACAUGUGGAGCAGCUUGCUUAAUGUCACCAAUGGUCCGGACUCCAUGGGCCAGUUCGGCCAUCCGGGCUAUGCACAUUUGGCCAGCAUGCUGCGCAAACUGGGUCUGAUUCCCACGGAGCUGAACUUGAGAACGGGCUUGACGCCUGGAAUCAUAAAUCAAACUGGCUUUAACUUCAAUCUAGGAACGCCUGGUGGGAUGCCCAGCGGGCAAAUGACCCCAGGAUUCCAAACGCUCCUUGGCUUGGCUAACAAUGCAUCCAUGGUGGAAAACGGAAUGUUGGAGUCUCAUCAACCUUUUCCCGCUCCUCAGGCCGCCUCGGUGCCGCCUCAAAUCCACCCCACCAUGGGCAUGCCCAUGACUACACCUGAUCAUGGCUUUGCUCCUCAGCAAAACAAAGUUAUUCCUGAGCCCACGACGGCAAAUGUUGGUGCCAAGCCUAAAAUCGCACCUAUACCUGAAAAUGAGGUCAAGACGGAGGUGCCAGAACAACUCGAGGCACCCGCCUCAACCACCCUGGCUAAACGUCCGGUUUCGCCAAUUUCAAACGAGGACGAGGGCAGGACCACGAAAAAAUCUAAGGGCCCAGCAACUGCUAAGGGCAAAGCUGCAAAAAAGGUAGAAGAUAAGAAAAAACCUACACCAGAGGAGACCGAAGAGGACAAGCGUAAGAAGGCUUUGGAGAGAAACCGUGUUGCCGCCACCAAGUGUCGCCAGAGAAAGAAACGUCUUUUGAACAAGAUGGAGUCCGAGCUCGAAUUCUACUCUAGUGGCUUCCGGGAGCUUUCGGCCCAGGUAUCACAACUCAGGGAGCAGCUCUUGUCCUUACAUGGAGUGGUUUCCUGUCACAAGGACUGUCCUACACUCUUACGCGCCGUCGGCGGAUAUCAGCAGAUGCAAGCGAUUCUUGCACAGUCCGAGUAUGUGGCACUGAUUGCUCCUAAUACUGAACAAAACGUUACAUCCAUGCCAAGCACGAUACCUACCACACUCAAUCCAAUCGAGCAGCCUCAUGGCAGCAUGCUGGGACAGUCCAUUAUCUCUGCACCCAAUGGAAUUAUUAGUCAUCCGGGUCCUAUUCACAAUGGUCACAAUGUAUCUACUAUGAUGCCCUCAGAAAGCUUGCCUGCUAACUUGACAAAUGAUAAUAUGAAUCCUCAUGGCGCCCAAAUGAAUGGAGUGGGGAUGAACAACAGUGGUAUCGCCACGAUGUCCUCCAACGGUCUGUAUGACAUGUCUAUGGGUAAAACAUACAAUAACGGGUAUAGCGACGGCACAAAUCUUAAAGCUUGCAACAGCACAUCAGAUUUACAAAGCAUGAAAUUCAACCAACCUGCUGAAAACGGACUACGGCUGGUAGUCAGCAUGGCUGAUUUGCCUGGGCAACUCCCCAACAAGUCUUGA